UAAUACGGUUGGCUUGUCUGUUUCGUAAGCAUCGUUUAGGGUGAUAAGUACGGGUGCUUGAAAACUAAAAGUCAGCUUGCGAGCCACUUUCCGGCGAAAAAUCUUGCGGGCGUUAGCCAUCACUAUCCUAGAGAAAAUAGAUAGAGUGAAAGGGCCAUGGAGAGAAGUGGAUAUGGUAAGGAUGGUAUCUACAGGUCGCUGAGACCACCUCUCGUCCUACCUUCCGACCCCAACACCAACAUCGUCUCCUUCUUGUUCAGGAACUCCUCCUCCUACCCCGACAAGCUCGCGUUGGCCGAUGCCGACACCGGAGAGUCCUUCUCCUUCAAUGACUUCAGGACCAUCGUCGCCAGAGCCGCCAGCGGCUUCUCUCAGCUGGGCGUCAGGAAGGGCGACGUCGUUCUCAUCGUCGCCCCCAACUCCCCUCAGUUCCUCAUCUGCUUCUUCGGCGUUCUGUCUCUCGGAGCCAUCGUUACCACCGUCAAUCCGCUCUACACCUCCUCGGAGGUUGCCAAGCAGGCCCUCGAUUCGUCCUCCAAGUUCGUGGUCACCAUUCCCGCUCUCUGGGAGAAGGUUAGAGGCUUGGGUUUGCCUGCCGUUCUGCUGGGGAGACCCAACACUGGUAUCGUUCCUGACGUGGGUACCACCGGUUUCGAUGAAUUGGUGAAGAUGGGAUCCGGCAGAGCCCCGCCGGCAGUCGUCAUUCAGCAGAACGACACCGCUGUGCUCCUGUAUUCCUCCGGCACGACGGGAACUAGCAAGGGGGUGAUUCUUACUCACAGAAACUUCGUGGCUAUUGCUUUGAUGGUUUCGUCUGAGCAGAUGGAGAAGGGAGAAAUGCAUUAUGUUAUGCUGUGCGUUCUGCCCAUGUUCCACGUCUACGGCCUCUCGACCAUCUCGUACGCGCAGCUGCAGAUUGGGAACGCUGUCAUCAGCAUGAGCAGGUUCGAUUUGGAGGAUAUGCUGAGGACGGUGGAGAAGUACAGGAUCACGCACCUCUACAUCGUGCCGCCGAUCAUGGUCCUUUUGGCGAAACAGGACGUCACCCGCAAGUAUGAUCUCUCGUCGUUGAGAAGGAUUGGUACUGGCGCUGCACCUCUAGCAAAGGAUGUCAUGGAGGAAUGCUCGAAAAUUGUUCCUUGGGCUGAGAUUCUUCAGGGCUAUGGUUUGACAGAGUCAUGUGCCAUUGUUUCUCUGGAAGUUUCAGGGGGAGGAUCUCGCCGUUAUGGUUCUUCUGGAGGUCUGGCUUCAGGGAUUGAGUGUAAAAUCGUUGAUGUGGAGAAGAUGAAGCCGCUGCCUCCUAAUCAGUUGGGUGAAAUAUUGGUCCGUGGUCCGAACAUGAUGCAAGGAUACUUGAACAGUCCACAAGCCACGCAGAUGACUAUAGAUAAGGAUGGUUGGGUACACACAGGAGAUUUGGGCUAUAUUGAUGAUGAUGGUAGAUUGUUUAUUGUUGAUAGAAUAAAAGAGCUUAUCAAGUACAAAGGCUUUCAGAUUGCACCUGCUGAGCUUGAGGGUGUCCUUCUUUCACAUCCUGAGGUAUUAGAUGCUGUUGUUAUUCCCUAUCCCGAUGCUGAAGCUGGUGAAGUUCCUAUUGCUUAUAUUGUGCGCUCUCCUACCAGCUCCUUAUCAGAAAUGGAUGUCCAAGAAUUUGUUGCAAAACAGGUUGCACCUUUCAAAAGAUUGCGGAGAGUAUCAUUCAUUAAUGCUGUGCCAAAAUCAGCUUCUGGGAAGAUUCUAAGGAGACAACUAAUUGAGAAAGUAAGAUCAAAUUUGUAACAAUGUCAUGGUGUGCAUACAUAUAUAUAUAUGUGUGUGUGUGUGUGAUGGUACAUUAGUAUAAUAUCCAUAAUGACUUUUCAAAAAAUAAAUGGUUAUGGCUCCCAAGAACAGGUGAGAUACUCUUAUGUAAAAUCAUAUAUUAAUUAUCUGUUUUCUCUAUUGUUGCUUGAUUGUCGGCAAAAGCUUGGUCUAUCUGACUAUGGUUCAAAUUCAAUGUCCAGGUCACCAGCUUUGUCUAACCUUUGUUUGCUAUUAUAAUAACAAUAAUAAUAAUGAUAAUAAGA